AUGGUGUUACCAAUAAUCAUAGGAGUGGGAGUGACCUUUGCCGCCGUGACUGCACGAUCAGGGAUUCGUGCCUGGGAGGUGUACCAAAAGCUCACACCACUGAUGAUUGCGCGUCUGAAUAGGAUCAGGUUAACGGAGGCGGAAAUCAAUUUCCAAAGAGAGAGCUCGGUUCGGUUCAGGAAUCUAAGCCCUACGUUAAAAGCCCGACUCGACCAGUAUAGGGGCGGUUUUAGCGCAAGAAUGACAGAGGCGGAAGCGCUGUUGAUCCUUGGGAUCUCUGGCUCAGAAGUUGCGUCGUUAAACGAACAGCUUCUGAAGCGAAAGCAUCACAAGGCCAUGGUACAAAAUCACCCCGAUCGCGGAGGAAGCCCUUUCUUGGCCAUGAAGAUCAACGAGGCUCGAGACGUGCUAUGCCACAGCGUCAUGCUGAAGAAAUGA